UCACAUAAACGUUAUAUUUACACUUUACAUUUUAAACAGAUUUUUCAAACAAUAUGCGUCAUAAUGGAAAACCAAAAUAAUGAUGAUUUGGAAGAACAGUGCGAAGAUACUGUAUAUAAAAUCUGCUGUACAAGAGAACAUUAUUCUGCUCGAUGUGCAAAAUAUUUUGAAAAAUAUUUAGGAUUAGUUACUAAAAAGCAGACUGCAAAAGUUCAAGUAAAUCUUGUAUCAGAUUUUGUCCAACCUGCAAUUACAGAAAGACAACAGAAACUUUAUCAUGAUUUCAUAAGUGAAAGUAAAACUCACCAAUCAAAGAAAAAAGAUGAUGCUCGUGAAAUCUUGACUAGAAUUAAAGAAUUAAAAAGCAUUUUAAACCAAAUAGAAAGGUCUAAGAAGUCUGAAUUCCAGCAGUUGUUAAUGGAUUGA